UCUUCAGAUGGAAGACAAUUCGAUAUAUCCGGUCCGCGGUUAGCAUUGGUCUUGGGAAGCUUAUGGCUAGGCGGCUUGUUCGUUGCUUUAGACGAAACCAUGAUAGCAACCAUUUCCGUGCCGAUUGCAAAUUCUCUGAACGCAUUCGACAGCUUCUCAUGGAUCACGACCACCUACCUUCUUGGUAGCACGAUUGCUCAGGCCAUGAGCGGUCAUCUCACAGACAUUAUCGGACGACGCAAAGGUCUCGCCGUUUGCUAUUUCGCAUUUGUGCUGGGCACCCUCUUUUGUGGACUUUCGCACAACCUCUCGUUAUUUUUGGCUGGUCGCAUCUUGCAAGGCAUGGGAGGUGGAGCGGUUAGCUCCAUCACGGCUUUUGUCGAGACCGACCUCAUUCCUAUGCAGCGACGACCAUUGAUUGAAGGUAUUGGCAACAUCUGCUAUGGCGUCAUGAUGGCUCUCGGAGGUGUAUAUGGAGCUGGAAUCGACCGACUUAUUGGCUGGAAGUGGGCAUUCCUGAUCCAGGUCCCCAUCAUGAUCAUUGAUGGAGCUGUGGUAUUUUUCGUGGUCAAGAUCUCGGACGAGAAGAGGAUCAAACACAAAGACCAACACGUCGAUCUCCUUGGGAUUCUCUCUCUUCUGGGUUCCCUCGCACUUCUCGAAUUUGGCUUGAACAACGGGAGUAUCGAGCUAGAUUGGUCGCAACCUACUAUCAUCGCACCGCUCUGCGUUGCUGGUAUCGCUUUCAUCGCUUUCCUUCGCUGGGAGCUCAAGCACGCUCGCAACCCUGUGGUCCCUGUAAAAGCGAUCGCCGGCCGCAGUGUGGGUUCAAUCCAACUAUCCGCUUUCCUCUCUACAGGUGCGUACACGGGAUGCCUUUUCUACGUGUCGCUAUAUCUGCAGAUCCUUGGUCUAUCAAGCGUGGAGUCGAGUCUUCGCCUGAUACCCUUGGCACUCCUGUUCGGAAUUUCGUCGAUUGCAACUGGAUACGUCGUUCAGCUCACCCAUCGCUACUGGCACCUCAAUAUUGCCCUCGGAAUUGUCAACGCUGUAGCGUACGGCCUGAUGUGUACCCUACAUCACGGAUCCCCUUCUUGGCAACCAUAUCUCUUCCUCGGACUGUUGGGCGUCGGUUUUGGCGGUUCGUUUGUGACCAACCUCAUGGGGGUCUUGGUCUCCAUCCCAGACAACAUUCAAGCCGUGGUACAAAGUGCACAAUGGGCAAUCCGCUCUCUCGGAAUUGCGGUCACCUUAACAACUUCUUCUGUCCUCUUCCAAGCCAUCUCG